AUGGUGCAAAGGCUCACUUAUCGCAAGCGUCACAGCUAUGCCACCAAGUCCAACCAGCACCGGGUCGUCAAAACCCCUGGUGGAAAGCUAGUGUAUCAGAGCACAAAGAAAAGAGCAAGUGGACCUAAGUGUCCUGUUACUGGCAAGAGAAUCCAAGGGGACUAUAUAAACACAACACACCAACACAUUGGUGGUUUAUCUGUUAGGACCACAUUCAAAAAUGCUACUCAAAUCCCAAACUUCUCAGCUUCCUUCACUUCGACCCCUAAACUCUAG